CGGAGGAUUAGUGGGCGGGGCUAACGUUGAUCAGCGUCUCCGUCAGCUGGCCAGGAGAAGGAGAGGAGAAGGAGAACCGCAGCGACGCAUUCUGCCUCUCUUUAGUAAACAUGUUAAACCCUCAGAGGUCACUGUCCGAAGUGCCCAAGAUGUCGGCUGCCAAUCAGGUGGAGCGAGCAGUGAUGGAGGAGGAAUUCAACUGGCUACUGAAGGAAGAGGUACACUCUGUACUUAAGCAGCUGCAGGAUAUCCUCAAGGAGGCGUCCAGGCGCUUCUCCAUGCCAACGACGGGCCUCGACGGCCAGGUCAAACAGGAGACCUUCGUCCUCGGCAGCACAACAAUGGACCAGGUGAAAGGGGUGCUCACUCUUCAAGGAGAGGCUCUGGCCCAAGCAGACAUAAACCUGAAAGUAUCCAAAAGUAGCCAAGUUCUCCAUUUUCAAUUUCGGGACGACAAGCAGUGGAAACUGCAGCAGAUCCAAGACGCCAGGAACCACGUGAACCAAGCGCUGCAGCUGCUGAGCAGCAGAGACGAAAGCUAUCGCUUUAGAACCGGCGCUGAGGUCAACAAGCUCAUGGAUGCGGUGAUGCUGCAGCUGGCGCGAGCACGCAACCGCCUCACCACCCCAGCCUCCAUGACGCUGCCUGAGCUGGCGACCAGCGGCCUGAUGAAAAUGUUCUCGCCUCCGAUGCCAGGGGACGUCAUGGUGAAUUUCUACAUCAACCUCAGCAAGCUGUGUCUGGCCGUGUACCAGCUCCAUGUGCUGCAGCCGAACACCACCAAGAAUUUCAAGCCAGCCGGAAGCUCAGUGUUGCACAAUCCUGGGUCCACGUUCGAGCUCAACAACCACCGGUUCGAGGUGAGCCACGUCCACAAGGUGGAGUGCGUGGUGCCCUGGCUCAACGACACGCUCGUCUUCUUCACCAUCUCCCUGCAGCUCUGCCAGCAGCUCAAGGACAAAAUAUCCGUGUUCUCAAGUCUGUGGAACUACAGACCCUUUUAACCUCCUGUGCAAAGUAAAUUAUCUAAUAUACAGUAUAUAUAUAUAUGCAAAACAGAAUUGAUGUAUUGGAAAUACCACGUGUAUAGUCAAUGUGUUUUGAGGUGUUGUUCUUCAGCUGCAAAUGGAGUCAGCUCAAAACCUGUGUCAGUAUUGACCAUUGUCAACUUAUCAGUGACCGUUGCUCGUCCCCUGUCUUCACCCCCCCGUGAAGUGCUAUGAAUUGAAUGAAUCUUGCAUACGUGCGUGGUCUAUGGGUAGAAAAGAUGGUUUGUGUUUCUGCCUAACAACCCACUUUGUUUUAUUUUGCUGUUGUAGUAUUAAGACCAACAAAGCCCUGACUUAAAUAAGCUAAUAGAAGGUAAAUGUGUCGUAAAUAUUUAUGCAAUCAUUCCAGUUUGUUUUGUGCAUACAUUUUGUAUUUAUUUGUCGUUACUUGUCUUGACGAUUACCUGUGAAACUAAUCAUAUUUUGUGAAAAUAUAAAUGAUAUAUAUAUAUAUACGCUAUAAAUUAUUAAUCUAUUGUCUGUGCAAUAAAUGCCUUUCAGAAGGAUUUUCCAACCA